AAACAGCAGCGGGACGCCGAGCUGCUGGAGGACAUCAGGUAGGGCCCGCACAGGUGACACGCGGGUCGAGCUGACACCGGGCAGCUCAUCCCUUGUGUGUGUGUCUGUGUCUGUGUGUCUGUGUCUGUCUGUGUCUCCAGGCUGACACCGCGCAGCUCAUCCCUAGUGUGUGUGUCUGUGUCUGUCUGUCUGUGUCUGUGUGUCUGUGUCUCCAGGCUGACACCGGGCAGCUCAUCCUGUGUGUGUGUGUCCCCAGGCUGAGAUCAAACAGCUCGUCCCACAUGUCUGUGUGUGUGUCUGUUUGUCUGUGUGUCUGUGUCUGUCUGUGUCUGUGUUUGUGUAUGUCCCCAUGCUGAGACCCGGCACGGGUGGGCCAGGAACCAGGCACGGCUCACCUUGAGCCUGUCACCUCGAGGUCAUGGGCUCCAUCACCCACUGGGGUGGCCUGGUGGGGACAGGAUGGUGGCAGGGGGAGAUGGUAAGGCGGUGAUGGCAGGGGGAUGGUGGCAGCGGGUGAUGGGAGGGAUGGCCCAUGCCUGCCCCUCUCUGUGUGUCCUCUCUGUGUCCCCUCUCCCGCCAGGUCCUACAGCAAGCAGAGGGCCACCAUUGACAGGGAGUACGGGCAGGCGCUGCAGAGACUGGCCAGCCAGUUUGUGAAGAGAGACUGGCAGAGGGGCCGUGGCGAGGCCGGCGACUCCAGGAGCGUGGCAGCUGUCUGGAAAGGCGUCAUCGAGGGGACAGCACACGCCGGGCAGGUCCGUGUCACCGCCUCCGAGAGCUACCGCGCCCUGGCCGCCGAGGCCGCCCGCAGCGCCCGCCUCUCCAAGGAGAGGACGCUCAAGAAGGGCAUCGAGCGGCUGCAGAAGGCACAGGUGGAGCUGCUGGAGACGGUGAAGGAGCUGGACAAGGCCAAGAAGCAGUUCAGCCACCUGCGGCGCAGCAGCGAGGUGGCCAAGGACAAGGCGGCCGAUGUGGAGGCGCGCCUCCGCAAGAGCGACCGGCGGAUAUUUCACACCAAGGCCAGCCUGCAAAAGCUCAGUGCCAAGUUCUCAGCGCGACUGGCCGAGCACUCGAGGCAGCUGGCGGGGGUGCAGAACGAGUACAGCUUCGCCCUGGUGUCUGCCUCUGCCCACCUGGAGCAUUACCAGCGUGUGGAGCUGCCCGCAGCCAUGCAGGCUCUGGAUGGGGACCUCUACGAGCGGCUCCGGGAGCACUUGUCAGCUGCCAGCCGGACAGAGGUGGAGACCUGCCGGGCCACCCGGGACUGGUUCCAGGGUGUUGUGGAGGCAUCUGCACGGGUGUGCCGGGAGCAGGACCUGCUCCUCUUCCUGCAGGACCACCCCGCCUUCUCCCUGGCGCCCGAGCAGCGCUUCCAGCUCACCGGGGUGGAGGAGGUAAGUGGAGGGGGUCGUUACAGCAAGGUGGGGUCUGCACAGACACCCCCUUGCCACCGCCGUGUCCUUGCCCAGGUGUGCCUGCUGCCACCAGCAGACGAUGGGGCCAGCCUGGAGAAGGAGGCACGGCGCUGGGCCACACGGGUGGCCCGCGAGCACAAGAACAGGGCACACAGCGAGGAGGUGCUGCAGCGGCUGGAGGCCAGGCGGCAGCAGGGGCUGGAGGCGGAGGCGGCGGCUGUGGAGCGGCAGAUGGAGGAAGUGAGGGAAAACAUCCGCAAGGCAGAGGUGAGCCGAGUGAAGGCCGAGGCACGGCUGGCACUGCUGCGGGCAGCAGGGCUGGACGUGGAUACCUGGCUGGCUGGGGCCAUGGUGGGGACAGGUGAGGAGACCCCCACAGGGCUGGACCCAGCCGAGUUCGAUGACUACGAGGACAGUGAUGAGCCAGAUGAGGACGAUGAGCCUGGGCCUGCUGCUCGCACCUACCCCUACACCUGCCGGGUGAUCUUUGGCUACCAGGGCUGCCAGGCGGACGAGCUGUCCAUCAGCCAGGGCGAGGAGCUGGAGAUCAUCGAGGAUGGGGACGCAGAGGAGUGGGUGAAGGCUCGGAACAAGGCUGGGCAGGUUGGCUACGUCCCCGAAAAGUACCUGCUGUCCUUGGGGUGUGACUCGGGGGCUGGGCUGGGCCCCCCAGGCCCCUCUGCCUUGCACCGCCAGCUCUCCAGCAUCAUGGCUGCAGAACUGGUGCUGGAGCCUGGAGCCUGGCUGGUGCGGGCCCUGUAUGACUACGAGGGGCAGAGCCCCGAGGAGCUGAGUUUCCCUGAGGGGGCCAUCAUCCGGGUGCUGCCCCGCGCCGCCGGCGAGGUGGACGAUGGCUUCUGGACCGGCGACUUCGACGGCCGCAUCGGCGUCUUCCCCUCCCUGGUGGUGGAGGAGCUCACCGGGGCCCGGGAGGCGGCUGGGCAGGAGCUGCCAUCACCAUCCCCUCCGCCCUUCUCCCCUCCUGGCCUCGUGCCUGGGGCCAGUCUGGUCCCCAGCUCUGCUCCUGAGACAGCGCUGGGAGGUUGCCGGCAGGAUGGCACGGGCAGCGGGCAGAGCUCUCCAGACCUGGCAGCCACACGCCUGCGGCCGCUCCGUGCGCCGCCCCCGCCGCCUGGCAGAGCCACGGAGCCUGACCCCGAGCUUCACUUCAGCUGACCUUGUGGGUGCCCCCAGGCCCCCUCCCCUAAAAAGCUUUUUCCGAGCAAACCACCACAGGCUGCUGUCCCAGCAGCAGGAGCUGCUGCUGCCCCAUGCCCCGAGCUGGUCUCUCCAGGGGCUGCAUCCUGCCCAGUGCUGCUUGCAGAGUGGUACUGCAUCCCAGUAUAGCACCCCCUUUUUGGGGUGCCCAGUGCCACAGCCAGGCCCCAUCUCACCCCCCUCCUGCCUCCACCCUUCCUGCCUGGCAUCACCCGUGCACUCCCAGCCCUGGUUCCUGGGGGGCUCAUCUCUGGCCUCUGCCAGCCCCCACAGUACCUCCCCAGGGGCAGGAGCGGGCGUGGGGGGCUGUUCCAAAUAAAUCAAUAAAUCCCGCUGGCCCUGGCGAGGGGUUCAGCAGCUUUAA